GUGACGAGCGCGGGCAGCUUCCGGCGCCGCAGCCGAAGAGGAGGAGCCGCCCCGCAGCCUCCGCGGGGCCUAGGGGCAGAGAGUGGGGAGCCGCCCCGUCCCAGCCGCCAGGUCGACGCAGUUGGGGCCGCUGCGCCCGCCGGCGCCCCGCGAAGAUGCGACCGGUGUCUUAGGAUUAGGUGUUGGUUGCAGGUACAAGCCGGGCGCGGCCCGGGAGACGAGGAUGAUGAGGUAGGAGUGGGGUUCUUCUGAGGACCCGGAGCGACUCGUGUUCAUUUGUGGAAUCUUUCAGUGCCUUGUGUUUGUUCUGCACAUGGAAGAUGCCCAAUAAAUUGUUUCUUUACUGGAAUGAACUGCUGUUGUUUUCGGGGAUUGCAAGACCCCUGGGGACGGUGGCGCUGAAACCUGGACCUUGAAGAACACAGGAGCCUGCGCAAAGUGAUUUGAUUUGUGGGGAAGAGAAUCACCGAGUAACCUGCCUCAACGUGACUGCUGCUGUCUCCGUGUCUACCGCGCUGCCGCGAACAGGGGGAGGAGAUGGGGAAGACUUGGUGGUAAAGAGGACAGCCUCGCAUCCCAGACGGAAUGGUGUUAAACGCCGGCGCAAGGGCCCUUUCAGCUUGAGCCCUGUCUUUAAACCACAUGUGGGGGUCAGAGCUUUCCCCCAUUAUCAGCAUCAAUCAGCAACACAAUGAGUUCUGGAAAGUCUCCAUCCUUUUCCACAGCACCCUGCUCCAGGCCCCACUCAGGCUGCUCCAGGUUUUGUUUGUGCCUCAUGCUGAACUCCAACGUCAGGGGAAAGUAGAAGUGAGGUCGGCUGUUGCCCAUGUUUUUUGACUGGCAACCAGUUCUUGCUGCUUCUCUUAGCAGAAGAUUAAGGCGUUGUGGGGGCGGGGCAGGGCGGAAAGGACCUGGGCUUCCACAUAUCCCAGAGACACGCUAGGUAGGACUGUUUCUCUGUGCGGAAGCUCAUCAGGCUGGAGUGCAGUGGUGAUCAUGGCUCAUUACAGCCUUGAACUCUUGGGCUCAAGGGAUCCUCCCACCUCACCCUUCCACGCAGCUGGAACUACAGGCAAGAACCAAAAGAACCAAAGAGGGAACCAUUCAUACUUCAAGAUCUCUAAGAAAAAGUAGCAGUAUUUAAUAUGGAAUCAAAAGCUUGUGAAUCAAAUAAUGAAGAUCUUUUAUCAAGUAGUGGUGUCACAUCUAAUGGAGGUUCUUCGAGUUCGUUUUUUGUGUCAUCUAUUCGUGGUACAAUAAUUGAAAACACAUCUUCAGCUGGGACUUUGACACAAGUUCCUUUUUUCCCUAAAUAUGAAGUGGAACUUAAUUCUCCUAGAAAAAUCAUCCAGUCUCCUGGAAAGGAACACUUUGAACGUGUUUUGGAAGAAUAUUCACAUCAAGUCAAAGAUUUACAGAGAAGACUAAAUGAAAGCGAUGAAUUGCAUGAGAAACAAAAGUUUUAUUUGAGGCAAUCAGUCAUUGAUUUGCAAACAAAACUUCAGGAGAUGCAAAUGGAAAGAGAUGCUAUGGCUGACAUCAGACGAAGGGAGAGUCAGUCCCAGGAGGAUUUAAGAAAUCAGCUUCAAAAUACAGUUCAUGAACUUGAAGCUGCCAAAUGCCUUAAGGAGGACAUGCUGAAAGACAGCAACACACAGAUAGAGCAACUACGAAAAAUGAUGCUUAGUCAUGAGGUUGUGCUUCAAGAAAUCCGGUCAAUCCUAGUUGACUUUGAAGAAGCCUCAGGCAAAAAAAUAUAUGAACAUGACAGCAUGUCUACUCUGCACUUCCGCAGCUUGGGCUCAGCUAUUAGUAAAAUCCUAAGAGAAUUAGAGACAGAGAUUUCUUAUCAUAAAGGGAGGAUAUUUCCAGUAGAGGAUCAGCUUGAAGCACUGAAAUCUGAAUCACAGAACAAAAUAGAACUACUUCUGCAACAACAUCAAGAUAGGAUUGAGCAGUUAAUAAGUGAACGUGAAGUUGAAAUAACAGCACUUACUGAGAAAACUAGCAGUGCUCGAAGCCAAGCCAAUAGUAUCCAGAGUCAAAUGGAAAUCAUUCAAGAGCAAGCAAGAAACCAAAACUCUAUGUAUAUGCGUCAGCUCAGCGAUCUGGAAUCUACUGUUUCUCAGCUACAUUCUGAAUUAAGGGAAGCCAAAAGGAUGUAUGAAGACAAGACAGAAGAGCUGGAAAAGCAGUUAGUCCUUGCCAACUCAGAGCUAACUGAAGCCCGGACAGAGCGUGAUCAAUUCAGUCAGGAAUCUGGAAAUUUAGAUGAUCAACUUCAAAAGCUGUUGGCUGAUCUACACAAAAGGGAGAAGGAGCUGAGUCUGGAGAAGGAGCAGAAUAAGCGACUGUGGGACCGAGACACAGGCAACAGCAUCACCAUUGACCACCUGCGGCGGGAACUGGACGACCGGAACAUGGAGGUGCAGCGCCUGGAAGCCCUGCUCAAGGCCUUGAAGAGCGAGUGUCAGGGCCAGAUGGAGCAGCAGGUGGCAGCAAUUCAAGGAAAGAAUGAAAGUCUAGAAAAAGUAUCCUCCUUGACUGCUGAGCUUGAAUCCACCAAAGAGAUGCUGUGCAAAGUAGUAGAAGAGUUGACAGCCAAGAAAAUGACUCUGGAGAGCUCAGAGAGGGCAAUAUCGGACCUGACAACUUCUCUCCAGGAAAAAGAGAGAGCCAUCGAGGCUAACAAUGCAGAGAUCACAAAGCUCCGCUCCCAGGUGAACUUGAAGUUGCAGGAGCUGCAACACUCGAAAAAUGAAGGGGAUCAACUCAGAAAUGUGCAGACAGAAUGCGAGGCCUUCAAACUGCAGAUGACAGAGAAGGACAAGGUGAUCAAGAUUCUGCGACAGCAGAUUGAGAACAUGACGCAGCUGGUGGGCCAGCAUGGACAAACUGCUGGAGCUAUGCAAGUAGAAAAAGCUCAGCUGGAGAAAGAAAUUAAUGAUAGGCGGAUGGAACUAAAGGAACUUAAGAUUUUAAAAGAUAAAAAAGAUGCAAAGAUCCGGGAGCUUGAGGCCAGAGUGAGUGACUUGGAGCUGGAAAAGGUGAAGCUGGUGAAUGCAGGCUCUGAGUGGCUCCGUGCAGUGAAGGACAUCAAACAAGAGAGAGAUCAAUUAUUAAAUGAGGUGAAAACAAGUAGGAAUGAAUUAAACAAUCUUUCAGAGGAGUAUGAAGUCUUAAAAAGGAAUUUCCAAAACAAAAGUGAAGAAAUGGAAAUGACUACAAAUAAGUUGAAAAUGCAAUUAAAAUCUGCACAGUCUGAUCUAGAACAGACAAGAAAUACAUUAAAGUCAAUGGAAGGAUCUGAUGUUCAUGCUAUGAAAGUGGCAAUGGGGAUGCAAAAGCAAAUCACAGCCAAAAGAGGUCAGAUAGAUGCCCUUCAAAGCAAGAUACAGUUUUUGGAAGAGGCAAUGACAAAUGCAAAUAAGGAGAAACAUUUUCUGAAAGAAGAGAAAAGUAAACUCAGUCAGGAAUUGAGGACUGUUGCCACAGAAAAAAACAAGAUGGCUGGGGAGUUGGAAGUUCUGCGAUCUCAGGAACGCCGUUUGAAAGAAAAGUUUACUAAUAUGGAAGUUGCUCUGGAUAAGGCAUCUUUGCAGUUUGCAGAAUGUCAAGAUAUAAUACAGCGUCAGGAGCAAGAAUCAGUGCACUUAAAACUUCAACACUCUUCGGAUAUAAAAGAACUUCAGGGCCCUGGAUACACCUCAAAUUCUUCAUCGAAACCACGCCUUCUCCAGCCAGCAUCUGUUACUCGUUCUCAUUCUAAUGUACCAUCUUUGCAGUCUACAGCCAGCUUCCUGUCUCAUCACUCUACAAAAGCUAACACACUGAAGGAAGAUCCAACAAGAGACCUGAAACAGCUUCUCCAAGAGUUGAGAAGUGUGAUCAAUGAGGAGCCAGCUGUGUCUCUGAGCAAGACAGAGGAAGAUGGAAGAACAUCUCUGGGAGCCUUGUAUGUGGCUGUAGAGGAUAGGGUAAGAGAUUGCAUUACUGAAUCCAACCUGAGAUCAGACAUGUGCCAUAGAAGCAACAACUCGCUGAGGGACUCCACUGAAGGAAGCAAAUCAAGUGAAACUCUUAGUAGAGAGCCAGUCACAUUACACGCAGGAGACAUGGAAGAUCUCUCUGGUUGCUUCACAUUCACAGCUGCAGCAAGUCCAUCUGUGAAAAACUCAGCUUCUCGUUUAUUCAAUUCUUCUCCUAAGAAGUCUCCAGUGCACUCACUCCUAACUAGUUCAGUUGAAGGUUCAAUGGGUUCCACAUCACAAUACAGAUCUGCCAAGCCUAUUCAUUCAUCUGAUUCAGUUAAAGAUUCACAGUCUCCACCAAUAGAAACAACAGGAAAAACAUGCAGGAAGCUUCAGAACAGACUAGAAAGCUUGCAAACUCUGGUAGAAGAUUUACAGCUGAAGAACCAAGCAAUGUCUUCAAUGAUCAGAAAUCAAGAAAAGAGGAUACAGAAAGUAAAAGACCAGGAAAAAAUGUUACUAAAAUGACUCGUUGCUUGCCUAUUCUUUACAGAGGAAUGAGGCCCAAUUAACUGUGGUGUUACUUGUAAUUAGUGCCCUGUGUAUUUUUUCUUUUUAUGUGAAAAUUUAAUAAAAGAUACCCUGUCUUGUAAACUCUA